CCGCGACCGCUUCCUCUGCUCCUCUUCCUCCUCUCCUCUCGCAUCCGCAGCUUCCCCAGCCAGCUAGGGUUUGCAGAUGACGACCGCGGCGCGCCCCACCUGGGCGCCGGCCAAGGGCGGCAACGAGCAGGGGGGCACCCGCAUCUUCGGCCCCUCCCAGAAGUUCUCCUCCCGCGACCUCGCCGCGCACACCUCCCUCAAGCCAAGAAAAGACGGUCAACAGACCCAAGAGGAGUUACAGAAGAGGAAUCUCAGGGAGGAACUUGAGGAACGUGAGCGCAAGCACUACUCUUCCAAGGAUAAGUCCUAUGCCGAAGAAAGAGACCGGCGGAAAAGCUCUAGCCAUCUACUCUUAGAAGGUUCAAAGAGAGAGACAGAGGAUAAGAUAGUUCCACGAGAAAUCGAUGCUGAUGACUCCGAUGUGGAGCCUAAAAGCGAUGACGAGAGCGAUGAAGAUGAUGAUGACGACGACACUGAAGCUCUAAUGGCAGAGCUUGAGAGGAUUAAGAAAGAAAGAGCCGAGGAGAAGCUUAGAAAGGAGCGGCAACAAGCAGAAGAGGAGGCCAAGAUGAAGGAGGCUGAACUGAUGCGGGGAAACCCGUUGAUUAAUAUCAACAAUGCUGGCUCCUUCAGUGUUAAGAGAAGGUGGGACGACGACGUGGUAUUCAAGAAUCAAGCACGAGGAGAGACCAAGACACCGAAACGGUUCAUCAACGACACCAUCAGGAGUGAUUUCCACCGUAAAUUUCUUCAGAGGUACAUGAAGUGACGCUUCCGUCGUUCACAAUUCAGCCUGGAGCCCCUCAUCGUUAUCAUGUUUGUGUAUGAGCGAAAGAUCAUUAUUGUGUUGUUGUAUGAAACAAGAGUGUAAACAUAUGUCUACUACUUAACAAAGUUAUGCUGAGCAAUGCAUAUCCUAGUUGAAUGUGACAAUGCUAUGUUUUCUAUAUUUUGACGUUAUUUGGUUGUAAUCAUAUUUAAGUUUGACUAGGAAAGAUGAGCUCAGAGAGCAGCACAGAUGGAUUGAGUAAGGGUGUGUUUGGUUGAGUGGAGAACGGUUGUACGAAAGAGGGGCGAACUCUAUAAAUUAUUGGGAUGUUCUUGCUCCACUAAAAUGAUUGACGAUGGGUAGGCUCUAUUCUCCAGUUCAACCAAACACACCCUGAGAUGUGAGAUCAACUCCAGCAGCCUCCUGUGUAUGGCUAAUCUAAGAAACUUUGCAUCGCGUGUCCU